GCCCUGCGGUCUGCCGAUCACAGUGGGUCACACAACGUCCUCACUUCCCUAAAUGGGCAACUGCACUUUCGGAAGGCCAGGUCCUUCCCUGGCAGACCUAAGUGGCACAUCCUGCAUUGGCCUGGGCCCCUAACCCUGGAUUCGAGGUGUCCUGGCCCCCUGCUGGCCUGUGACUGCCCCCAGCUGGAUGGAGUCAUGGCUCCCGCCUUCCUGCUGCUGCUGCUGUGGCUACAGGGCCCUGUCUCAGGUGCCCCAGCCGAGAGCGUAUACACUAAAGUGCAGCACUUUGAAGGGGAGACUCUGUCUGUGCAGUGCUCCUACAAGAGCCGCAAAAACCACGUGGAGGGCAAGGUAUGGUGCAAAAUCAGGAGGAAGAGGUGUGAGCCUGGAUUCACCCGGGGCUGGGUGCAAGGGCCGCGCUACCUGCUGCAGGACGACGCCAAGGCCAGGGUGGUCAAGAUCACCAUGGGGACCCUCAGGCGCCAGGACUCCGGCCGGUACUGGUGCAUGCGCAACAGCUCCGGGACCCUGUACCCCCUGAUGGGCUUCCUGCUGGAAGUGUCUCCAGCCUCCACGACCAGGAGAAGCACUCCUUUUAGACAGCUGGCCAAUAUCCUCAAGAGUGGAAUUGUUGUCACAUCGGGCCUAGCCCCCACCUCAGGCCCUGAUGCCCCUUUCACCACCAGCAUGACAGUGUUCACACCUGGCCUCCUCACUUUGACCAGACUUGUGCCCCCCACUGCCUCAGAGUCCAUCAGACUGACCUCCGUGACAGGCUUCAGCUUCACCGGCACUGGCCCUCCUACCACGGGGCCCAGGAGGACCGUGGAGUCCCAGACAGCAACUGUGUCUCCCAGCGAUGCCAGAGCCUCCUCUGCUGGCCUAGCAGCCAUCUCUGCCAGGGCUGGGCACCUGCACACCAGAUUGCCCACCACGGGAAUGUGCCACACCAGCGGAUCUCUCCUCAACAAGUUAUCCCCGAUCAGGCACCAGGAUUCAUACCACGUUGUGCUCCCGGGGUUGCUGAUCUUCCUGCUGUUGUUUGUGAUGUUGAUCCUGGUUUAUGGGUUCUGGAAGAAGAAACACAUGGGAAGCUACAGGGUGUGCAAUGAUCCUGCUAGUCCCUGGAGGGAUCCACUUGGAAGACUGGAGCCUCCGUGGAAGCCUGCUUGGUCUGAGACCACUUAACUAUGGAGUACGUGAGCUCCUCCUGGAGGGGCCUUUGGAGGCCAGAGGAGGAUGAAGAUGGAGACGUGUCUGGGCUGAGGCUGUGGGCAGAGAACUUGCUCAAGGCUGGACUCAGGCCUCCCCAGAACCGGAGGCUGCUCUUCACCUGCUCAGUCCCCUGGGGCUGCUGGGAACCUGGGGCAGCCCCCAGAGUUGGGGGUACCAGGCAGAAAACACCAGGGGAAGCCACCGAGGGGAUUCUGCUCAGAGCCACAGAGCCCUGGGUCCCAGCUAGGUGGCGGGGGAGCCCCGAUGGUGCUGUACACAGAGAGCUCAGGUCCUGGGACCCCUUGCUAUGGAGCAGAGGGGAGCAGACAGGUAGACAGCUGCCUUCUCCCCAUCCAGAACCCUGUGUCCUCAGCUUCCCUCUGCUCCCCUCAAGCUUCCCCAUGUGCGUGGGGAAGAAAGAGUGCCAGAGGCAUCCAGUGUCUCAAGGGCCCCGCCCUGGAGGGGAAGGACCCACAACUAAGAGCUGGAGGUCCACAGUGGUGUUGGCAGCAGGGGACCCCAGAGUGGUCCAAGCCCCCACCCUCGGGGCCCUGUGUCCUCUGAUGGGCCUCUGGAUGUGCCCUGCCCUGACCGCAGCUGCUUGUCCCUCAAGUCUUGGGAGGGACCCUCCCACUGGUGCUAGCUGUUGGCCGGCCCCCCAGAGAAAGCUGUGACCAGGUCCCCCAGAGCCCCUUGGCUUCAGACCAGUGUGUCCCCAGACUGGUGUGCAGAGGCUGCACUCAGGGCUCCUCCCCUGGUUCCCAGCUCCAGGUCUGAACUUCCACAGGAGACUGAGGGCCCUCCAGAGUCCACUGCAGGAGAGGCCACGGCUCAGAGAAAGUAGAUGGCCCACCUUUCCCCCCGCCCCCGGACUCAUCGUCCCCUGGGAAGAGAGGAGCUACUUAUGACCCAGGAAGGACAGCUUGGAGCAGAGCACAGCCUGGAGGAAUGCCUGGGUGGGGUAGGGGUGAGGGGACGGAGCCAAGGAGCCUCGUGGGGGGCCCAGUGGCCCUAGGAGUCUGGCCUCUGCUUCAGGGGCUCCUGGCUCAGACUUCGCCUCUUCCACAGUGAAGACUGGAGAAUAUGGGCUAGCUUUGUCUCGUGGAGCAGGGGAAUAAGCACCUAGGGAUCAAUGUGACAUCUCUGCUCUCAGGAGAAUGACACAGCUCGGCCUUGAUGGGUAGCAAGGGGGCCACUCCAGAAUGGAUGUGGGGAGAGAGGAACGGGCAGGAGGCAAUCCUGGGGGACAGCAAGGAGAAGGCACCUCUUUCCUAUGUCCAGGGGAGGGCACUAGAGGAGAGACUCCCAUUGAGGAACUGACAAGCCUGGUGCUAGGACACACACACACACACACACACACACACACACACACACACACACAGUGAAAUCCAUCCUCCCUACCAGGAGGGUGUGGCCACAACCUUGGUGUCUAACUAGGAGGGGGCUUAAUUUCCCUGGGAGAAAAUAGCUCCCUAAGAGCCCCCUCCAUUCGAGAUCCUACAACAGCACACUGACAGCCCUGCCUCGUCUGAGAACAGGAUGUCCUGUGGGAGAGCAGCAGAGGGCUCAGGACUGUGACCCAGUGAGGCCCCCGGUCUCUGUAACACUGUGCGAGCCACUAACCCUAGUGGGUCUCAUUUUCCUCUCUUGUGAAAGGGGGCACUAACUCCUACCUCUCAAGGCUGCUUUCAGGAUAAAAUGGAGUAACUUGAACCUCACGCACCUGAGUAAAAGCCUCGUGAUUGCUGGUCCUCAAGCCCUCCUCCAGCUCUGGUGGGCUUUGUCUGCGUUGAAGACCUUUGGACUCUAUUUCUCUGUUUUGCUUUCAAUUGGAAGGGGCCAGGGAGGGCAGAGGGGCACAUGGCCAGACCCUGGGUGGUGGGCGCUGGACCCAGGCAGAGACCGUUGGCUGUGCCCUGAAGCUAGGCAGGGAAGCUUUUAGGAGACCUACCAUCCCUCUUUGCCCAGGAUGAGGGGCUCCUGGAAUGGGGUGAGCCUGCAUGAGGUGUCCACCCACGGAACCUGCCCCCACAUGAACUCCACAGUAAGGACACAGGGUGCUGAGAAAGGGGUCCAGACCCCCUUCCCCAGCUCUCCUGCUCUGAUGGGCCCGGGUGGCCUCUCUGGACCUCCAGUGCUCUGGGACAUUUUCCUCAAAGCCCCAGUGUUUCAUUUGCUCCUUCCUGUUCCUUCUCCUCUCCCUGGGGCGGCAGGAGGACCCAGAGCCCUGGCAGACGGAGGGCAGGGAGGCGCAGGGCAGGUGGGGGUAUCAGACAGGCCGGGGCUGCUGGGCCUUUAGUGGGUAGGGCCACAAAGCUUCCUGAAUAGCGGGCUGUGACGAUGGGACACACCUGUGAAGGGCUUCCUGUUGUGACCGAGGGCAAGCCACCUAAAGAAAACCCAGCGCUGAGGUGGGUUUGCUCUGCAGAGCAUGGCAGACAGAUCUGUCACCGUGGGACACACACGCCCCCACGGGGAGGUCAGAAAGCACGCCUUAGGAUCUCCCACACGGCUGCAUCAAACCGAGUUGAGGCUGCUGCUUCUUCAGGCUGAAGCUCUUCUUGCCCCACUGCUGGGAGCAGUGAGAGAGGAAGGCCUCAUCUGCCGGCCCCCUAUGGGGGCUGCGCCAGCUGCAGAGAGCCAGGUCCCUACCCCCGGGAUGGCCUGCCACCCGCACCCCUCACCAGCUGCCGCAGGGUCUGAAGCCCCAGCAGCCCCUUGCCAUCCCGGAGAGAGCAUCCUGUCCUCAGAACUCUGCACACCCUGGCCUGAGCUUCCUGUUGGCCUGUCCUGCUUCCUGUCCUUCUCUUCCCGGCUUGGUCCCCAGGCACUUUAGGCCUCCUGUGCUAAUCUCUACCUCAGGGUCUGCGCCCCACAAACCCGACCUGCCACACUGCAUUUUUCCAGGGUUUUCUCCUUUCUUGGUUGUAAAGAGCCUGUGAUGAUAGUUUUUCUGUAGUUCUUCUAAUGACAAUUAUCCCUGAAAAUGUGCUUGAUUACUGUGGUCUUUUGACAAAUGCUUACGGAGUGAUUAUGGCAGGCUGGGAGCUUGGGGACAUGUGGUGACCUGGAGGAGACCUCCCCCCGCCAGCCUCCCGUCCUUCUGCAUCUAUGUUCCCCCCCAACCCCGUCCCCACCGAUGAUGUCCCCAGCUUCACUCUCUCCCACCCUUGCCAGCAGUAUGGCCUGCACCUCCAUUCCUGGAAAUGACUCUCCCUCUCCUUUCUCCUCUGUCCCUCCAAUCCUCACAGAGCUCCCCAGCUCCCAGACGGACCUGGGCAGGAAGUCUCGGGCCACUGGGCAUCUCCAAAGGGUCCCCUAACUCUGUCACUGUCCUUCAGUCGGGGCUUUUCACUUGGGUGGAGAGGAGGUACUUGGGCCCGGGAGGAAGUGGUAGGAUAGAGGAGAGAAGAAGAAAGGAGAAAUAGGUUCUGGUUUCACCAGAGUUUCUUCCGGGACUUUUACAGCUUUCUACAUCCUGACCCCAGUGCGACAAGGAGGAAGACGCCGGCACAAGAGAGCUGGCAGAAGCCUCAGACUUCCCUGGGGCCUCAGCGCUGAGACUGGACCGGGUCCACGAGCAGCACCUGCAGCAGGAGGGGCCCGCCUACAGGCCAAGAGCUCCCCUCCUCCCAGGCCUCCCGCUGCCCCCCUGGAGGACUUGGCCUUCCUCAGCUCUUUUUCCCCAACAAGUGGACAAGCGAAAGCAGCUGGGCGGAAUCCCCACCCUUGUGCCCCAGCUCUGGCUCCCUCUCCCCAGGGCUUCCCUGUUCCCACCCCAGCUCAAGAAGAGGGCCCAUGGCCUGGGAGGCCACACGCCUGUUGCCACCUGUCCUGCUGGUGCUCCUGGCCUCAGGCUCGUGGGAGCAGAAGUCAGAGUCGCUGCAUCAACUGGAAGGGGGGUCAGUCUCCGUGAAGUGCCCAUACCAGGCCCAGCAAGGCUCAAACCCGGUGAAAGUCUGGUGCAGGCAGGUACCGGGACGUUCCUGUGACCUGUUGGUCACCUCCCCCAGGCUCCCAGGGCUGCUCCAGCAGCCUCGAAACUCCACUCAGGGUAACGUCAGCAGGGCUACUUCCUCGUCACCAUGACCGAGCUCCGGGUAGAAGACUCUGGAUCGUAUUCCUGUGGAACCUACAAAUCCCCCUGGAUCUUUAUUCACGAAAACGUCCGUCUGGUGGUGUCUCGGGCUUCAACCCUGCCUACCACCAGGAGCACCAGGGGGACCACAGCCUCGACCUCUGCCCCCAGCCCUGUCACUGACAGGUGUUCAUUAUGUGGCAGUGCUGUUGGUCACAGGGCACCGGUAUUCUGAGAGCUGAGUGCAUCUCACGGGCAGGGGUGAGGAACCGGGACCAAGAACAGUUAAAGGCAGGAUGCGGGGAAGGCGCUGAUCACAUGUAAAAUAACCGGCAUUUUGUGCAAGGCUUAUCAGGUGAGGACAAAUCCCACCAUGUCUAUAACAACAUCUCAGCCCAGAAGGAACAGAGCACUGUGCACAGGAAGGAUCCCUCACCAGGGCAGAGGCGAUCUCAGCUUUCCUGGGUAUCUUGUUUGGCUCCAAUCAACAGAUGGGCUCUGACGAGGACACUGGGGCCAUCUGCUAUGCCUCACUUACCCACCUGAACCAAUUUGGCUGUGAGGACUCCAUCUAUGUUAAUACCCAGCCCAACCUGAAGCCCAUGCCUGACCCUCUUCUGGCUGUGGAAUACGCCAGCAUCGCUGGAACCAGACCCCAGCCCUCUAAGUCGACUGAAUGCCCUGGACAGGGAGCUCAAGAGCUAAAGACAGACUUCACUGGGCAGUAUGGCACUUAGAGAAUACCUGUGAGGCACAGGGCUGCUCUACCAGUGAUGGGCGGGGGGGGGGGGGGNGGGGGGGGGGGGGGGGGGCUUCAGUGUGGCAUAGGUGGUCCCAAACCAGCAAAAGAUCACCCUUUUUACAAGGGAGUUGAGGAGGAAGGAGGAAAGGAAAAUCUUUAUCACCCCAGAGUGGAGAAACUUUAAGUGUGAAGGCUGUGAUGGGCAGGCUCUGGGACCUAUAGAAGGGGUUUCUGGACACCUACCUGCUCCCUUCCCCAGGGUCUGGGAGGAGGGCUACUAGAGCAGAAUCCAAUUAGAUAGGGUCUGGACCCCAGUGCCUCCGAGUGACCCAAUCUUCUCCCCACUCUGUGACCCUCACUUCCUUCCUGACCAGGGGCUGUGAAAUCCUGACACAGUGUGCAAGUUCCUCUUUGGUAACACUCCUUAUGACAGCCCCUCCCCAACUAUCUCUCAGGGCUGCUAAGCUAGGCUGGGAAGUUCUAUCUCUCCACACCAGUUCCUUCUCUCCUUCCUGACCUUCCGAUUUUGAUUCUCACAAAUGACUCUAACAGGACGUGGGCAGUGCCUGCUGCUCAGGGAUCUCCCCUAACCCUUGGCCUUGCUGGUCAAGGUGGGCCAUGGGAACUUCCUUCCUGAUGGUGUUCCCUGCAGCUCCACCAGAACUGACCUGGUUCCUCUGCCUUCCAUGGAAUCUAUCAUCUACUCUGCCAGCUGCAUCUCAAGCAGAGCAGGCUGAAGGCUACCCCUUGCCCUAGAACACUUGCACAGGGCCCUUAUGGAGACAGAGCCCCCCUUUUUAGGCUCCCCAAAGGAGUGACUCCAAACUGUGGGAACUCCAGGCCACGGGGGCGGAGGGGGGCAUCCUGCCAUGUCAUGGGAAAGAUUGCUUGAAUUGCCAAUUCAUCACUUCUCAAAGGUAACAUUUAAAGAUCAUCAAAUCCAACUGCCAGGGAGUCCAACCGCAAAAUCCCAGUGAGUCAUGCAGUGUCUGCCUCAAUCUUUCCGAGGACAGGGAAUUCACCGCCUCUUGCCCAAGCAGCUUGUUUGUGAAUGUUUUUGUCAUUCAGCUUGCCCUCAAUCACAGUGAGACACCACCUUGCCUACAGGAUGGGACCUGAGGGUCAGGCUGCUUCACCGCCAGAAAGGGAGAGGGGUUGGAGUGGAGAAGGGCAGGUGGUCUGAGGUCUGGCAGGCUGGGGUACAAAGACAAGGUCUUCCUCAGGGAGGCAAAGGAGGUAAGCGCUUGUCACUUGUGACAUCCCAGGUUCCCCGUGCCGAGGAUGUGGUUCUAUCCCCAGUCUGUGGCUGCAUGGGGACACUCAGGAACAACCCUUAGUUGAAGGGGGUGGAGAGUAGGGUGCUCUGAGCAUCACUUUAGCUCCUCAGGUUUCU